GCUCAUUGUACGCAGGGCAGAUCAGGUUUCUGCAAUUAUAAAUUCAUCACCACACCAUGAGUCCCCCUUAGCCAGCAUUAUCUCUCAGAAAAAGCCCAGUGGCUCGUCUCUCAACCCUUUUUUCCCAGGACCCAAGCUAAAGACAAAAAAACAAAGAUGUCUGACACAGAAGACUACGGAGAGGAAUAUGCGGAACAUGAAGAGGAAGAAGAAGCAGAGGAAGAAUAUGCUGCAGCUGAAGAAGCAGAAGAGGAACGCCCCAAACCGAAACCACUGGUUCCACAGCUCUCUGCACCAAAAAUACCUGAUGGAGAAAGAGUCGACUUUGAUGACAUCCACAGGAAACGAAUGGAAAAAGACUUCCUGGAGUUACAGACAUUGAUUGAUGUUCACUUUGAGCAGAGAAAGAAGGAGGAAGAGGAACUCAUCUUCUUAAAGGAGAGAAUUGAGAACCGCAGGGCAGAGAGAGCAGAGCAGCAGAGGGUCCGUGCUGAAAAGGAGAGGGACCGACAAAACAGGCUGGCUGAAGAAAAGAUGCGCAAGGAGGAAGAGGAGGCCAAGAAACGGGCAGAAGAUGAUGCAAAAAAGAAGAAAGUAUUAUCUAACAUGGGCGCUCACUUUGGUGGCUAUCUGGCUAAGGCAGAACAGAAGAGAGGUAAGAGGCAGACAGGUCGGGAAAUGAAGAGAAAGAUCCUUGCAGAAAGGCGAAAGCCCCUCAACAUCGACCAUUUAAAUGAGGACAGACUAAGAGAGAAAGCCAAAGAGAUGAAUGACUGGAUGUAUGAACUUGAAUCUGAGAAGUUUGAUCUGAUGGAGAAGAUGAGGAGGCAAAAAUAUGAGAUCAACGUCCUGUACAACCGCAUCAGCCAUGCCCAAAAGUUUACAAAGAAAGGAGCAGGCAAGGGCAAGGUUACCCUCCGCUGGAAGUAAGAAGCAACAGAUGGAACAAUGUAGGCUGAAGUUCAAACACUACAAGCAGUAGUGCCCUCAUAUGUCAUUGAACCAGUGCAGUACAUGUUAUUAAUCAGCUAUAAUUUAUUCUUGUAUGUGGCUGUUACAUCUUAACAUGCAAGGUGGAAUCACAGAAUAACUCGAUCAUGUUAUUGAAUGGUAAACACUUCCACAUUUUUCAUCUAUCCCAAGUGCUUUUUUAUAAACAACCUAAAAUUAGAACCAAAAAUGUAGAGAUUUUUGCCAUUCCAUUCUUCCAUUAAAAUAACUUUUAUCAGUUCUAUGUUGUUUAGCCCACAGCACUACAAUAGUAAAUUGAGUGUCUUCUGCCUUCAAAAAAUGGGAUAUGUUGACUUCUGCCAUAAACAAAUAUGGUAUUCAGGUUUUAUUUGUUUAAUUAUCUACCAUACUGCAGGACAUAAUACUCAUAAUUAUGCAAUCUAUUUCUAAAUUGUUCUUGUGUUAAAAAAAUCUUUAAUGCUGAUAUUAAUAAAGACUUAUUUCUACCCAUUUCA